AUGGCACGUAAUGUAUCAUACAUGCUUAAUUUGUAUCAUACAAGUAAGUAUGUGAUAGAGAACGGUAGCAUCAACACUUUUUCGAAUAUGCCGGAUGAUGGUUUGUUUGUCGAAGAAAGGUUGUCAUAUGAGGGAUUGAUUAGUAAGAUUUGUAUGACACUUGGUUGGGAUCCAGCACACGUGAAACUCCACCUUUCUUUGAUUUUCGAUAGUCCCGGUAGUAGCCGUGCAGUGAAGAUCAAAAAUGAUUCGCAUGUAGAGUUCAUGAACCGUGUAGAUCCAAUGUCAUGUUUGGAUUUAUACAUAGAUUUGGAAGAUAUCACUCAAGAAGAAAGAGAAGCGAGUUUGGAAAACGUGUCAUUUGGUGGUUUUCCAAGGGGGGAACGUGCUAGUACUUCUCGAAACCGUGAUGAAGAGGAGACACCUUUAUUUGCACAAAAUGACUACCGGGAAGAGUCGGAUUCCGACUACAUAGCUCCAAGUGAAAGCGAAGAAGACUGUGAUGUCUCCGGAGAGAGUGAUUUUGAAGAAAGUGAUGAUGAAAGGUUGGAAAAUGAGGAAAGAGAUUGUAAUCUAUUGGCCCGACGCCAUAUAUAUAGUAAGAUGGGGAACUGGGAUGCCUCAUGUAUAGACAAGGAUGAGUUUGCUCUUAAGAUGUGGGAUGAGACGCCCGAAGGAAUGGACAUUGGUGUUUGUUUCAAAUCUCAAUCAGAAGCAAAGCAUGCUGUGAAAUUAUGGAACAUCCAUCAUAAAAGGGAAUAUACGAUCGCCGCGAGUAGUCCAAGGACGUGGGCUGUGCGGUGCAGAACAUUUAAUGUGAAAAGUGAGGAGGUGAACCACCAUGUGAGUGGAAGAUGCGUACUCAUCAGGAGAAAGGUUGAGGACAACGUAGAUUAUACGGUAGUCUCGGCACAGAAAGAUGUGAAGAACUUAUUGAAAGUAGAUGUACCAUACAAAAGGGCGUGGCACAGGAGGAGGAAAGCCAUAGAAGCGGUCUAUGGUGAUUGGACCUCGAAUUUCGAAGAACUUCCACGCAAUCUUGUGUCGCGUUAUAAUAGCAAAAAGGUGAAGCGGUUAUGUUGGAAGAUGGGCACAACGCUUUCAAGAGUGAAAUACAACCAUAUGAGGGCAGAGCUUAUUGAAUUCAAACCUGCUGCAUGGGAGUAUCUUCGAGGGAUUGGAGGGAGUAACUGGGCUCGAUCGAAAGCCGGUCUUCGCCGUUGGGGCAUAGCGACAACCAACAUUUCUGAGAGUUACAACAAUGCGUUGAAAGGGAUCCGUUUUUUACCAAUUAGAGCCUUGAUCGAUGCAACCUUUCGCAAAACUGUUAAAUUCUAUAGAGAAGAACAAUUGUCUGCGAGAAAUUGCAUGACACCGAUCCCUCCUGAGUUAUGGAAAAAAUACGAGAAAAUGAAUGACAAAGAAGCCAGUUUUGAAGCCACCCCUUUCGAUGGUGAUGAUGCUAUGUGGCGUGUUGUUACUGCCACACGCCUAAGUGGCAUGGAUGGGUCUCUGCAUACGGUGAACUACGAUGAACAUAGGUGUUCGUGCAGGAAGUGGCAAGAGUACCGGAUGCCUUGUACGCACGUACUCCAAGUUUGUCGGAGAAAAGGGGAUCGGCCUAUUGAUCUAUACCAUAGUGUGUGGCGCCUUCCAACGUGGCGCAGACAAUUUGAGUACACGGGCUUUGUUCUGGUUCCCGAUGAGGAACAAUGGCCGAUGGUCAAUUGGAACAUCAUUCCGAAUUAUGAGCUUCUUGUGUUGCAUGCGGGACCGAGACGAAGCAAAAAAGGAGACAUAGAAUGCAAAUGGAUUACAGGGAUACCGGAGCCGGGGGAAAUGUUGGAGAUGUGGACAACUAGGAUUGAAAUGGCGACGCCGGCGUCAGGCUCGCAAUAUGACUAUCAACCUAAACAUCUUCACCCAGGACCUAUACAAGAUAAAAUGCUAUAUCGUCAAACAAAGUAUAGGUCCCAAGCUGUCUAUGAGAACAAGAUACCGGACAUUAAAAUAUUCCGCCUCAAGGACCGUAGGUACGACAGCGAUUUUUGGGCGUUAUACAAAAAUACGGCACCGAAGGUAUGGGCGUAUGAGCGGAUCGAGAGGAUCGCGCCACAAAGAAAAGGAGUAGAUUAUUUGAUUGAUGAGACCGCUCCAUUAGCUCAGCGGUGGGAAUGUAGGUACACCUACGGCGACGCCCCAAGGAGCAGCACUCCACCUUUUAGAGAUCAAUUAACAAGUCUGCGUGUUGAAGAUGUCCUUCAUAGACUCCCUGAUUUCUGUACACAAGGCCAAGCCAUUUGGACGACUAGGUGUUGGAUGUUCUGUUGGGCUAUUAGGGAACUCCACGAGUCGGGCAGAGUCGUAAGACAAUUUGGAUACAUACAGGAUGUUCCCAAGCGCCCCAUGAUUAAAGAUAACGCAGCAUUCCUUCUCGAUCACGCCCACAGUAUGUCUGGGUAUCCUAGCAAUAAUUGGGUGGACCACCUUUCCGCAGUACGUCGUCAUUGGAAUAGGAGAGAAGAGUUCGUGCUACGAGAUUUGGAGGAAAGAGAUCCUGGUUCCGUAUAUGAGGGGUACUAUGAAUGGUUCAUGGUGAACACUGUCAGACUGAUAUCCAAUCCUGAUAAUUAUGAACCUCGAGGAUACGAGACUUCUUCGUGCCGCGUGAAAUUAUAUGGUGAAGUAUUGAACAACAUUCGCGUGAGUACCGAGAGGUUUAGAGAAAAACGAGAAGAUGAUAAUCUCCUAGACGAAGAACUUGACAAGCAUUUGGACGAUAUCAUCAAUCAAACACAUGCUGCUUUAACCUUGGGCGCAAAUGAUGAGAUGGAGGUGGAGGAUACCCAAAUCCUGGUUGAUGAAGAUACAUCUUUGCCCUCACAACCUCCGCCGGGUAAAAAAGCGAAACCGUGGUCGAGAGAUAACAUUGGAGGAGGAAGAAAGAGGAAGGUCACAAUCCCCCCUCGGACAUCGCAACAACAAACUGAAGGUCAACGAAAUGAGGAUCAAGCACAUUCUUCUCGAGGUUCGCGCAUCCAGGUCGAGACUCAUUUUGAAGAAGCAGGUGGACCCGAGACUCAGUUUGACCUUGGUGGACCCAAGACUCAGUUUGGUGGACAGUCGCAACCACAACCGGGAGUCAAAUUUCUCACCAUGGGGGAGUCCCAAUCCCAACCCCAAAUCGAGGCUCAGUUUGGUGGACAGUCGCAACCACAACAGAGUUCAAUACUCACGUAUCUUAAGAAGGGAGACAUGAUUCAUCAGGGCCCAAACAAAUACACUCUGGAUGCGCACAAUAAAGGAAAAGGGAAAAAAUGA